AUGAAGCUCACUGCUGCUCGCGCCGUCAUUGGCGCUGCCGUCCUCGGACGUGCUGCCGCCACACCCGGCUUAAUCGAUAUCCCCGUUGGUCUUUGCCUGGGUGUCUUGGGCGGUGCCUCUUGCAACCAGAAGGCCAGCACCGGCGACGGCCUCGUUUCCGUUCCUAUCAAUGCCUGCGUCGGCGCCAUUGGCAAGGCCAAGUGCGACCAGGCCGCCACCACCGGCGAUGGCAAGAAUGGUGGCAGCCUGAUCAGCGUCCCCAUCAACCUGUGCGCCGCUGUUCUCGGUGAAGCCGCCUGCAACCAGAAGGCCCAGACCUCCGGCGGUGGUCUUGUGUCAGUUCCCCUCAACGCCUGUGUUGCUGUCCUCGGUGAGACCAAGUGCAAGCAAACGGCUACCACUGGUGCCGGUAGCCUGAUCAACGUUCCCAUCAACGUCUGCGCCGCUGCCAUUGGCAAGGCCGAAUGCGACCAGAAGGCCACCUCUUCCGGUGGUCUUGUUUCUAUUCCCAUCGACGCUUGUGUCGCCGCUGUUGGCGAGGCCAAGUGCAAGCAGCAGGCCUCCACUACCGGUGACAGCCUCAUCAGCAUCCCCGUCAACGCGUGCGUUGGUAUCCUGGGCAAGGCUGUUUGCGACCAGGCCUCCAAGAGCUCUGGUGGUCUCAUCUCCAUCCCCAUCAAUGCCUGUGUUGCGGCUCUCGGCGACGUUGCGUGCAAGCAGGUCAUCGACGCUGGUGGCAAGGAUGGCAAGGAGCCUCUGAUCAGCGUCCCCGUCGACGUGUGCGCUGCCGUUCUUGGUGAGGCCAAGUGCAAGCAGACGACUGGUCCUUCUGGCGGCCUCGUCUCCGUCCCCAUCAAUGCUUGCGCCGCUGCCGUCGGCAAGGCCAAGUGCGAUCAGUUCACUCCUGGCGGCGCCGGUAGCCUUGUCAACGUCCCUAUCAACGCCUGUGCUGCCGUUCUCGGCGAGGCUCAGUGCAAGCAGACGUCUGGUGGCCCCGGCAGCACCGGCGGCAGCGUCAUCUCUGUCCCUACAAACCUGUGCAUUGCUGCUCUCGGCUCUGCCAAGUGCCAGCAGACGACUCCUAGCGGUGGCAGCAACGGCGGCUCCCUCAUCAACGUUCCCGUCAACGUUUGUGCCGCUAUUCUCGGCAGCGCUCUCUGCAACCAAGGUUCCGGCUCUGGCAACACCCCGGGCGGUGGCCUCAUCUCCAUCCCUGUCAAUGUUUGCGCUGCUGUUCUUGGCAAGGCCCAGUGCACCCAGAGCACUGGUGGCAACCCUGGUACCACCCCCGGCGGCGGCCUCAUCUCUGUUCCCAUCAACGCUUGCAUUGCUGUCCUUGGUAAGGUCACCUGCGACCAGCAGCCCCCUGGCGGCAGCGGUCUGAUCAACGUCCCCAUCAACAUCUGCCUGGCUAUCCUUGGUGAGGUUGAGUGCAACCAGAAGCCCGUGAUCACGACCACCGCCACCACCACUCCUGCUGUCACCACUACCUCUACUCCUGCUGCCAGCACCACCACCACUCCUGCUGGCUCUACCUCCACCACCACUCCUGCUGGCUCUACCUCCACCCCCGCCAGCUCUGCCUCUUCCACUCCUGGCAGCUCGACCAGCUCUGCCUCUUCCACUCCCGGCAGCUCGACCAGCUCUGCCUCUUCCACUCCCGGCAGCUCGAUCGGCACUGGUUCCUCUACCACUCCUGGCGGCUCUACCAGCACUGGCUCCUCUACCACGCCUGCUGGCUCUACCAGCACUGGUACUGCUACCACUCCUGGCGGCUCUACCGGCACUGGUUCCUCUACCGCCAGCACCGGCACUGCUACCACUCCUGGUGGCUCUACCGGCACUGGUUCCUCUACCACCAGCCCUGCCACAACUGGCCCUGCUCCCUCCGAAAGCCUGAUCACGACCACCGUCUACACGACCACUUUGAUCACCGUCACCCACUGCGCCCCCACGGUGACCAACUGCCCUGCCUCUUCCACCGUCACCAGCCAGACCGUUGUUCCUGUCACCACUGUCAUUUGCCCCAGCGGCAGCGCUUCCACUGGCGUUCCCACUGGCCCGGCCACCGCCACUCCCGUCGGCCCUGGUGCUCCCUCUACCUUCACCACUGUCUACCCUGGCGGCAAGCCUACCGGCCCUGCUCCCGGCGGUAACCCCAACCCCAGCAACCCUGGUGGCAACCCCAACCCGGGCAAGCCCUCUGGCUCUGCUCCUUCCGGCGCUGUUCCCACCGGUCCUGGCUCCAAGCCCAGCAACCCCGGUGCUAACCCCUCCGGUGCCGUUCCUACCGGCCCUGCGAACCCUCCCAGCGGUGGUGUUCCUACUGGCCCCUCCAAGCCUGGCAACCCCGGUGCCAACCCCACGGGUGCCGUUCCUACCGGCCCCUCCAAGCCGGGCAACCCUGGCGCCAACCCCUCCGGCGCUGUUCCCAGCUCCCCUACCAAGCCCAGCACUCCUGUGACUGCUGGUGCUGGCCGCCUUGAGCUUUCUAUUGCCGCCGUUGUUGGUGUGGCUCUUCUUUUGUAA